UGCCGUCGUUAUCGGUAUACGUUUCUCCUAUUAGUUUUAACGGUUCUGGUAGGCUUUUACUUAAGAAUGAACCUACGAAACUAUGGUCUUUACACUGGGAACCACCCUUUCUUUGUCGCUCAGUCUUGCGUGAACAUGACAGAGACAGAAAGGGGCCAACUUUUAAACAUGGCGUAUACUGUUCAUGUAAUCUUGGACGACCUUUAUGUAGAACACUGGUUAAUGUACGGCUCUGUGUUUGGUGCUCUUCGCGCGAAAGGGCCUCUACCGUGGGACGACGACGUCGAUAUUGGAAUCAAUGGAUCAGGAGCUUUUGCUUUGAUGUCUUUCGGCGAAUUUACCAAACCCUUUGAAGCGAGAGGACUUAAAGUUUGUCACAAACGUUGGAUCACAAGUAAUGUGGUUAAGGUUUAUAGCGACUUGUGGCCUCGACUCAAGAUCGAUAUGACUGCCUUUUAUGAUUAUGAUGGACGAAUGAAACGCGCUGGACUGGAAACGUGGAUUUUGGCCUUGAAUUAUAACCGUUUUCACACAUUUCCUACUCGUUUAUUGAAGAAACCUCUGCCGCGAAUGCCUUUUGGUAACUAUACUUUGCCAGUUCCACGAGAGGGUAUUGAAAUUCAAAAGUAUCUCUACCCUGAUGACUGGUGGAUCGAGGUAAAACCUGUCACUUGUCUCACGAAAAAGCCGGUCACUUGA